AUGCCCAAGCCGCACAAGCUCACCCUCGUGACCGACAUGUCGGCUGCCACCGUUGACGCCCUCGUCGCGUCGUACGUCGCGAGUUUCAGCCUCGAGACGUUCUACCCCUCAACGGCGCAGCUCAAGGGUCUCCCCGAUGGAGAGUAUUGGCACGCCCUACAGCUCAAAAAGAUCGCGUAUGCAAGCCUGUCAAAUCCGGGACACGAGGUGUGGUGUAUCCUCGGAGACAGGGAGGGUGGUAUUGAGGGACGCGACGUGGCUGCGCUCGUCAUCUUCAAGCUUCCCGGAUGUCCACCGGACGGACCUACACCGUACGACGCCGAGCUCGCUGGCCUCCCCAAAGUCGCUGUGGAGCGGUACCACCGCAUCGCCAAGGCUAGUGCUGCACUCACGGCGCGUUCUUGGCCAGGAGACAGCUUCCACAUCUCGUGGCUUGGCGUUGCGCCGGCAUAUGAGAAGCGCGGAAUGGCUGGUGCACUGAUGCGCAUGGCGCUCGCACGGGCUGCAGAGCAGGGAGGGAGUCUGCGCCUGAGCACGCAGUCGGCAGAUAAUGUCGCGUUCUACGAGCACCUCGGGUUCCAGGCCAAGGGAUACGACGAAUGGGAUAUCGCAGGUGUGCCACACACUUUCUGGGUGAUGGUGGCUGAACCCAAGCCUGCAGAUGGGGGAUAG